AGGUGCAUCGCGGUCGAGAAGUUUUCAACCGCGAUCGAAAUGAAUGUAUCAGGCUUAUUCUAUAUCUUAGAAUGGCGGACACGUCCGGAUCUUCCGAUUCUCUCUGGAUUUCACGCCAUGAGUUUUCUUCAACUUCUUGUGGCCCUCAUAUGCGCUCUUGCGGUACCUCUGUCACUAGUCUUAUUGUUUGAUACUAAGAAGAAGAGAAAAGCAUCUAGGAAUCUCCCUCCCGGCCCUAGGAAGUUGCCGAUCAUCGGGAAUUUGCACCAGCUCGGCUCCUUGCCUCACCGUUCGCUUGCUCAACUCUCAAAACGGUAUGGCCAGAUCAUGUUUCUGCAGCUCGGCUCUAUUCCCACUUUAGUCAUCUCAUCCGAAGAAGUCGCCAGAGAAGUAUUCAAGGCCCAUGACCGCACUUUCUCUGGCAGACCCGCCUUUUAUGCGGUGAAGAAGUUAACAUACAAUUGUUCUGAUGUGAGUUUUGGCGCCUAUGGCGAUUCCUGGAGAGAGCUCAGGAAAAUAGUGAUCCUAGAACUCCUGAGCAGUAAGAGAGUCCAGUUGUUUGAAUCUGUGAGGAAGGAAGAGGUUAAGCUCAUGCUUGACGCAAUCACUUCUUCUCCAGGUCCCGUCAACAUUGGUGAAUUGGCACUUCUAUUGGCCAACAACAUCGUGUGCCGAGUGACUUUUGGUAAGAAAUGGCAGGCUGAAGGUGGAGGUGUAAAGAGCAAAUUUCACGAGACGCUUCGUGAAACACAGAGCGUUGCAGGGGGUUUUUGUGUUGCAGAUCUGUUUCCGCAGAUAGCUUGGUUUAACAGGCUCAAUGGAUUCAAGGCGAAGGUUGAAAAGAGCUUCAGUGAGUUAGACAAGUUGUACAAUGAAGUGAUUGAGGAGCACCGAGACCCUAAAAGGCCUAAACCCGAUCACGAAGAUCUUGUUGACGUGUUGCUUCGGUUGCAAAGGGAUCCAAAUCGAAUGAUUACCCUCUCAGGCGAACAGAUAAAAGGCGUAUUAACAGACACGUUCAAUGCAGGUUCAGAUUCUGCAGCAGCCACUCUAGUUUGGACAAUGACAGAACUUGCCCGCCAUCCAUCUAUGAUGAGAAAAGCACAAGAAGAGGUUCGAGAAGCAGCAAAAGGGAAGUUACAGGUUGAAGAGAGUGACCUUCUAGGACUCACUUACCUAACAUCAGUCAUCAAAGAGGCAUUAAGACUCCAUCCACCACUCCCUCUUCUUAUUCCAAGAGCGACAAUUGAGGAUUGCAAGAUAAAGGGAUACGAAAUUCCUAGAGGAACAACUGUAUUCAUCAAUUUGACAGCAAUAUCCACAGACCCAAAAAGUUGGGAAAACCCAGAAGAGUUCAGGCCUGAGAGGUUCUUGAGCAGCUCCAUCGAUUUCAAUGGACAGAACUAUGAGUUUCUGCCAUUUGGUUCUGGCAGGCGGGGAUGCCCCGGCAUAAACUUUGGUGUGGUGAUAGUUGAGCUUGCAUUGGCUAAUCUCCUUCAUCGGUUCAAUUGGAAACAGCCUGAAGGAAUGAGUGUUGAAGAUAUUGACAUGGAAGAAGCUUACGGCCUCACGACUUUCAAGAGAACUCCUCUUUGCCUGAUAGCAACCCCCGUGACUGGUUGACGUUGCGUUUGGAUGCUACUGAUAGACAAGUACGUCUGAUUCACUCUGUAAAAAUACGGACUUUCUUCUGCUUCGCCAUGUUUAUUGUGUUGUAAUCCUACCACAAGAUUUCCGGUUGGACUUCGUGGCAAUUGCUGUUCCUAGAUCUUGUAAACUGAAAUAAUCAAAAACUUUUGAAAAACAAAGAUCUUUGUAACAAAUUGAUGCUUUCUUUG